AUGGCUUCAUCGGUUGUCUACCUAAUCUCUAUUCUUUCCCUCAUUUUCAUCGUUCAAGAAUCGUCUGUAUUAGGAGACGCUGGGUUGAUCCAAUCUACUUGUCAAAAGACGCGGUUACCUGAUCUAUGUACAUCUACAUUAAAUGCCGAUCCGUCCAGUCAAGAAGCCAAUAUGCUAGGUCUAGCCAAUAUUACGGUUAAUGUUGCGGAAACCAGAGCUGCGGACAUAUCGAAAUACAUACUCGACGAGCUUGUUAAAUCUUAUACUAAUGCAAACGCAAUUAAAGUGGUCACAGGAUGCAGUGAUAUUUAUGGAUAUGCAAAGGGUGCACUUCAGGCCUCAGUUGAAGAUUUGGGUUAUGAUCUUGGAGAUGCGCUUUUAGGAUUGGAUAUUGCUGCCAAACGUACUGAGGAUUGCACAGAUUCCUUUAGAUCAGCCACUCCUCCACUAGCUUAUCCUGAUGGAUUGGCACAAAGGCAACGCGAUUUUCAGAAUCUAUGUGGUGUUGCUACUGAUACUGUCCAAGUGAUUAGGACCUCAAAUCCUUAG